AUGGCCAAACAUUCUAAUCAUAUUCGACACGUACUCAUUUACGAGUUCGAAUCUGGCCAUCCCGCUGCUGAAGCCCAUCGAAACUUAGGUCACGUAUUCAGCACUGAAGCCCCUUUUGAGCGGUAUGUCGCGCCUGGUUCCAACGCUUUAAAGCCGGAAACAAGAAGCUCGAAGAUGAGCCUCGCUCUGUAUUUUGCUGCCAGUCUUGGCUGUUCGCUGUUCACCGUGAGCAAUGGACUGCGAUCUCUCGGAAUGGUAAAAGCUCGAAGCCGCAGAUUCGACUGGCUGGACGCCACUGUCAUCGGAGAUGAAAAGUGGGUCCUUUACGUCAGCCACACCGACAAACGUGCGUGGUGCACUGGCGAUGAAAUGCUGGAUCCUUUCGUGAAAGGUGAAAUUUAUAAGAAGGUCAUGCUGAGGGUCUGGUGGGGAGUUCAUGGAAUCAACCGUUUCGAACUGCUGCCGGACAACACGGCAGUUACUGCCGAGGUCUACUGCGCUCAACUAAAAAAAGAAAAAGACUGGCCUACAAGAUCCGCAAAGAGAACCCGAAGCUCGAUAACGUUCGCCUGCUGCACGGUAACGUGCGCCUUCACACCGUACCUGGAGCCCGGACCUGGCCUGGACCGGCUACCACCCCCUCCGAUCGCUUCAGCAUCACCUGAAAGCGAAGCGCUACGAUGA